AUGUCUGCACCCAGAAUCAUGACUCGCUUCCUGCGACCCUCGACAGGAGUAUUGAAUGCUCGCCACAUCUCGGGUCUUCAGCGUUCCUUCGGCACCUCCGGACUACGCUUCAAGAACGAACAAGAUGGAUACAUGGGCAAGCUCGAGCACUUCACAGGAGGCCGCCAGGAUCAGGGGCCUGCGAAACCCGAGUUAGAGGUUGGAGAAAUGGAAGGCAUCACAUUCAAGGUCGAGCCUUUGAAGAGGAAGAACGAAGAUAAGGCGACAAUGCGGGCCCGUUUACUAUAUCAAAGCCGUAAGCGCGGUAUCCUCGAGUCCGACCUUCUUCUCUCAACCUUUGCCGACGUGAACCUGGGUAAAAUGUCUCAUGCCCAGCUGCAAGAAUACGAUCGCUUCUUGGACGAGAACGACUGGGACAUCUAUUACUGGGCCACGCAGGACCAUCCCUCCGAGUUGCCUGACAGCGCGAAGCCGCCCAAGGAGGACACCGUCACAGAGACGUGGAUGAACACGGGUGCUAAGAGUGGCGAGUGGGCGCAAACCGUUGGUGCAUUCAAGGCGGCGUACCGACCUGUGCCCUCACGUUGGGCGGACUCGGAGAUCUUGCAGUUGUUGCGGGCGCAUGUGCAGGAUAAGAGCGCCACCGGCUUUGAAUCUGCCAAGAAGAAGAAGACCGAGGCGGGCAGUGGCUUGGGUCGGAUGCCUGAUGUGCAGGUCUUUAACAACUAA